GCGGUAAUAAUUGUCAAAUUCGAUUGCAAGCAGUGGGUCUUUCUUAGCUUUCGACUCGUGCGUGAGACAGAUAGGAGACUCAUCGGCCUUGCCUUUGUGUCUGCCCCAGUGUCUGUUGAAGUUGCCUGAUUUGAGAGAAAAAAAAAAGUCAUUGGCACACACCAUGAACUCCGCCACAGAUUUCCCUCCGUUCCAGCAGAGGUUGACCUCGUCGCUGGUGCAAGUGACGCGCACUGUCGGCCAGCUUUCCGCCGAAGAUGUCGAUUUCCACCGGUCUUCGAACGCAGAGGUUUCCGAUUCCCUGGACGAGCAGAGCAACCGCCUUUUGUCUCUGACCUCGUCGCUGUUGAAAGCGGCCACCGCGGGCACGGAUAUCUCGGCGCCGACGCUCGACGACGACGAUUCCCUCGAAGACAAUUGGCGCGGCGUCGUGGAUGUGAUCGAUGCGCUUUUGGAAAAGGCGGAUGCCUGUCUGGACGAGUUUACUGGAGUUAUCAAGAAGUUGAGCCCCUCGCAGCAGGACCAGGCUGCCGCCGCCGCGGCGAAGGCCGCGAAGAGCAAGGCCGCGGCCGCCCGAUUCCCAACCAUUUACGACUACGGCCCAUCCAAGAUCCCGAAGCCCCAGUUGCUGUUCGAGCACCUCCCCGACAACACCGAUAUCUCGCCGUUCAAGCCGCUGCUGAAAUCCAAGCCCCACGCGACGGUGCCGUUGGAGGACUCGCUGAAGCGCAGUGAGACCGCGGUCGGGUAUGUGCACCCUUACGACACGGAAAUCCGCGCGGCCAAGUUUCCUCCUUCGACGUAUACUGUGUCGCCGCCGCGGGAGUAUCAGCCGUGGGAGUCGACGACGGCGACCUUUGUCGAUACUCUGGAAGGGGUGCAGGAGAUGCUCGAGGAGCUGAAGGCCGCCACGGAGAUUGCGAUCGAUCUGGAACACCACGAUGUGCACUCGUAUCAAGGUCUUGUCUCGUUGAUGCAGAUUAGUACCCGUGACAAGGACUGGGUUGUGGACACGCUGAAGCCAUGGAGAGAGGAGCUCCAGGUUUUGAACGAAGUUUUUGCCGACCCUAGUAUCUUGAAGGUGCUUCAUGGAUCGUCUAUGGAUAUGAUCUGGCUCCAGCGUGAUCUGGGGUUGUAUGCUGUUAACAUGUUCGAUACGUAUCACGCCGCUUGCGCUCUGGGCUACCCGAAGCGCAGCUUGAAAUUCCUGCUGCAAAAAUUCGUCAACUUCGAAGCCGACAAGAAAUAUCAGAUGGCCGACUGGAGAAUUCGUCCAAUUCCUGAGGGUAUGUUCGACUAUGCCCGCUCGGAUACCCACUACCUCCUCUAUGUUUAUGAUCACAUCCGCAACGAGCUCGUCGAGAACUCUACUCCUGAUAACAACCUGGUCGAUUACGUGAUGGAGCAGUCUAAGAAGGAAGCUUUGCAGAUAUACGAGCGUCCUGUUUACGACGCUGCCACUGGACAGGGACCGGGCGGCUGGUACGAUCUUCUGGCUCGUAAUCAGAUCGUGAUCAACAAGGAGCAGUUUGCCGUUUUCAAGGCGGUGCACCAGUGGCGUGAUCAAGUGGCGAGGGAAGAGGACGAAGGUGUUCAGUGCGUGUUCCCCAAGCACGUUCUCUUCAGAGUAGCUCAGGCUAUGCCGACGGACCUGGGCGUCCUGUACCGGACCCUGUCGCCUAUGACGCCGAUUGUUAAGGACCGGGCCGGAGAUCUGUUGGAGGUUAUCAAAACGGCGAAGAUCGAAGGCGCCGAUGGACCGGAGUGGCGCGAUGUCUACGUCAAACCCACCAGAAGCACACUGGCAGCCACUGCCUCCGCUGAGGGCGUGGCGAGCUUCCUGCCUGCCGCCGUCGCUGACGAUACAGAUCUCCCUACGGCGGUCCGCUUCGAGACCUCGCAGUUCUGGGGUGGCGUGCUCGAAAUCCAAUCCCCCCUUCCAUCCCCGAAGAUCGCCGCUCUCGCCUCGGCCGAGGCGCUUCGUCUCUCACUUCCCCUGCCACCAAUGCCCAGGACGGUCUCCGAAGCCCGCGAGAAGCUCGGCGUCUCCGCGCCCGCGGCGCCAGCCAAAGCCGCCGCGACUUCAGCCCUGGCAGCAGCCAAGCAGGAGCCCGAGGCACCGGAACCCGACAACAAAUACUUCACCAUCAAAGAGAAGGGCGGCCCGCGCAAACGCAAGGUCACCCCGGUUGAGCCGCAGUCAGAAGCUGAAGCGGCCGAGGACGUGGUCAGCUCCGCGGCGGAUCUGGAUUUGGAUCUGAACGACAAGCCAUCGAAGAAGCAACGACGCAAGGAGAAGAAGAACAAGGCUGCGCAGAACCAACAGCCCGAAGCCAAGGAAGAAGCCAAGGAAGAGGAGGCGCCUUUCGACUACGAGGGUGCGGCCUCCAUGCUCAAUGCCAACCCCAUCGAGGAGGCCUCCAGACCUCGGAGGAAGAAGCAGUUCAACCCGUACGCCAAGGCGCUUGAGGCCCCGUCCGGGGUGCGCAAGCAGAAGCGUGAGACGGCCGGUCGUACUGCUACUUUCCGGUAGUUCGUUGUCUCCCGUCUGGUAUGUUUUGUUUUGGACGAGUGUAUGAACGAUUGGAGAAGGGUAUAAAAGUUGGAGGGAGGUUUUGGGGUCCUUCAAAAAAAUUAGACUCGAUUUAUAUGCAUAGCGAUACCCGGUUUUUCACAUCUGAAUGCAGAGCAUUAUCUGUGUCGUUGUUGUUGUUGUUGUCUCCUCGUCUACUUACUUCAUAACAUCAAACCAAAACUACGUGAUGGUGAUGAUA